AUCCAGUCUUCCCCUCAUUUGGCACCUUCUGGGAAUCUCAGCCAAUACACUCAAGUUUCAACUCUGCACAGGGAUUCAGACGUCAACCUUCAUUUCCACCUCUUGAUCGACCUUACACCAAAGCUCAAUCAACUUGCUCCAUCAUGGCGGGAACGACAGCUUUUGCCGAGAUCAUAGACGGUGAUAUUUUCAAGUACUAUGCUGAUGGCCGGUGGAAGAAAUCCUCAUCGGGAAAAUCUGUUCCGAUCAUCAAUCCCACUACUAGGAAGACACACUUCAAGGUUCAAGCGUGCACACAGGAAGAGGUCGACCAGAUGAUAGAAUCCGCAAAGACAGCACAAAAAUCGUGGGCGAAGACACCACUGUGGAAAAGAGCAGAGUUGCUUCAUAGGGCAGCCGCUAUACUGAAGGAGCAUAAAGCACCCAUAGCCGAGUGUCUCGUCAAAGAGAUUGCAAAGCCAGCUAAAGACGCCGUCACUGAAGUUGUUAGAUCAGGUGAUUUGGUGUCUUAUUGUGCUGAGGAAGGGGUGAGAAUUCUUGGAGAAGGGAAAUUUCUCGUUUCUGAUAGUUUUCCAGGCAAUGAAAGGACCAAAUACUGUCUCACUUCCAAGAUUCCACUAGGGGUUGUUUUAGCGAUUCCACCAUUUAACUAUCCUGUCAAUCUCGCUGUUUCAAAAAUUGGUCCUGCACUUAUUGCUGGAAACUCCCUUGUGCUUAAACCACCAACUCAGGGUGCCGUUGCUGCUCUUCACAUGGUGCAUUGCCUUCAUUUGGCGGGUUUUCCCAAGGGUGUCAUUAGCUGUGUGACAGGAAAGGGUUCUGAGAUAGGUGACUUUCUUACAAUGCAUCCAGGGGUGAACUGCAUAAGUUUCACUGGUGGAGACACUGGAAUUGCAAUCUCAAAGAAGGCAGGAAUGAUUCCUCUUCAAAUGGAGCUGGGGGGAAAAGACGCAUGCAUUGUUCUUGAAGAUGCUGAUUUGGAUUUGGCAGCUGCUAACAUUGUAAAAGGAGGCUUCUCUUACAGUGGCCAAAGAUGCACUGCUGUAAAGGUUGUUUUGGUCAUGGAAUCCGUUGCGAACACUCUGGUUGAGAAAGUCAAUGCCAAAGUUGCAAAAUUAACUGUUGGGUCUCCUGAGGAUAACUGUGAUAUCACCCCAGUUGUCACAGAGUCCUCUGCUAACUUUAUUGAAGGGUUAGUAAUGGACGCUAAGCAGAAAGGAGCAACAUUCUAUCAGGAGUACAGAAGGGAAGGGAAUCUCAUAUGGCCUUUGCUGUUGGAUAAUGUUCGUCCAGAUAUGAGGAUAGCAUGGGAGGAGCCAUUUGGUCCAGUUGUGCCAGUUGUCAGAAUAAGUUCUGUCGAUGAAGGAAUCAACCAUUGUAAUGCUAGCAAUUUUGGCCUUCAGGGCUGUGUCUUCACAAGAGACAUAAACAAAGCAAUAUUGAUAAGUGAUGCAAUGGAGACAGGAACAGUUCAAAUUAAUUCAGCACCAGCUCGGGGACCAGAUCAUUUUCCUUUUCAGGGUCUGAAGGACAGUGGAAUUGGUUCGCAAGGAAUCAGUAACAGCAUUAACAUGAUGACUAAGAUUAAGAGUACGGUGAUCAACUUGCCUACCUCUUCUUAUGCCAUGGGAUAAAAUGCCUACCCCAGGAAUGCUAUUAUCAACUUAUCACCAGGGGAGGGGUGCUUUGCUUGGUCUUGUGGCCGUGUUUGACGAGUUUGCUUGCAUUUAUAGCUGCCUGAGACGUGGGUCUCUAGACGGAGAAUUUUUGCUUCGUGUUGUACAUCGAUAGAAGAUGAAAGAAUCAUGAAACUACGGCCCUUCGCGUGGAGUUGACUGGGGGUUCAUCGUAUACAAUAAUCCGGACGGUGGUUUUCAUCUGUUUCGUCGUAUAGGAAUGUGAUACUGCCACUGGACUCGUUCUAUGGCACGGCCUGUAAUUUGUGGACCAGACAAGGUUGGCAAGGAGAGUUUCCCACUUGACUUCUCUCUUCUGGCGAUUUUUUGUGUGGGAUUAUGGUAUUUUCCGUACACGUCGGGCACCCUUUUAAUGCUAGUUUGACACGCAAUUAGUUUAUUAUUAUAAUCGUUAUAAUAAUAGACUAAUUGUGUGUCAAAUUGGUUUUGUGAGCAAGAAAUUAUAUGUUUAAUGCUUUAUUAUUAUUUUUUUCCCUUCAAUAGAGUCGAUUUGACUUUAUCCUUAUGACACUUUUAAGAUGGAAAAUUUUAAUUUACAAAGAAUCCGUUGAAAUUAUUAAAAA